GCUGAUUGGCAGAUGUGGCUUUGUGACGCAAAAUAAUGUUUACCAGCAAAUGGGUGAAGUUACCAUCUUCUAUAGACAAUAUUGAAUUAAUUUAUUUCUUUAUUUUCACUAAAUCUAAUCAAAUUAUCGGACGUUUGGUAGGUGCCAAAUUGUAACUCCUAACCCUACAUUGUCGAGUGAAUUAUUGUGGCUUCCGUUUUACAAAUAACUUUAGCUAGCUAGCUUUUACAACUGGACAAAAGAAAGACCAACGGCAACUGGUUGUCGCUGGGCCUUGUUGUGUAGCCUUUGUUUCAACGGAGGAAAAUUCUACAUUUUGCUUGAUAUUUCGGAUAUAGACCCAACUUGGGCUCUUUGCUAUUCAACGUCUGGCUGAUGAGAUAAAUAGCAUCUAAAUUCGAAAAUGAAAACUGAAGUCUCAACAGCGGCCAGCUUUGUUGCCAGAUUGCUGAGAGCAACUGGAUACUUGUCAGAAGACCAACUGAAAGAGUUCACCCAUUCCUUGGAGGAAGCUUUAGGAGAGCACUACCAACACCACUGGUUCCCCCAGGCUCCAUGCAAAGGCUCGGGUUACAGAUGUCUCAGGAUCAACCACAAAAUAGACCCCUUGAUUGGCCAAGCAGCAUGCACCAUUGGACUCACUCGAGAACAACUCUUCUCCCUGCUGCCCAGUGAACUGACGAUGUGGGUCGAUCCGUACGAAGUGUCCUAUCGGAUAGGAGAGGACGGCUCCAUCUGCGUCCUCUACGAGUCCACACCACCAAUGCCAACUAAUGCCAACACAACAGACAUGGUCAGCUGCAAGGAAGAACUGAGAUUCGGAAGGUCAAGCCCCUCUAAGUCGUUCAUGAUGACCGUCUCAAGCUAAUAUUUUUAUGUUCAGAGCUUUCUCUGGGCACUUCUGUAUCAGUUCUGCCCCACAUUUUGAUGUAAUUAAUUAAGACAUUAAAAGGCAUACUUAGGGAUUUUGGCAAUGAGGCCCUUUUUCUACUUCCACAGUCAGAUAGAAAUGGUAUCCACGAGUUAAUCUAUCUGUGUCAGGUAUGUUUUGUAAGCCAAUGCUAACUAGUGUUGGCAAAAUGACUGGAAGUUUAUGGGUAUCUGUUAGCAUGCUAGCAGAUACCAUAGACAUCCAGUCAUUAUGCUAACACCAGUUAGCAAUUGCACAAGCGCUAGUUAGCAACUUCCUUCAUACUGGACACAGAGACAUAUAAAUGGUAUCCACGAGUUCAUCUGACUCUGGGGAAGUAGAUAAAGGGCCUCUUUGCCAAAACCCCGAAGUAUCCCUUUAACGAUUUUAGUAUUACUGCACACCCUGUUUAUUCCAUGAGUUCCAUGAUCUGUAAAUGAUGUACUGUCCUGAAACAAAAGUUUUAUAGAUUUAUAUUAUUUGGAAUAAAUUCCUCAAAAACAAUUGUUCUGCCAUGGUUUCUCUAUCAACAAUGGUCUCGUGUUGGUCAGGAUCAUGGUUGUGUUCAGUAGGCAUGAAAAUUGGAAAAAUGGACACACAAAAUAAAAAUGCAUGUUCUUAUUGGACAUUCAUUUCUCCUGUUUAGUGCCCACUGAA